GCAGCAACGCAAACAAGCCAGAAACGAAGCUUCACCAACAACCCAAGCAAACGCAAAGCAGCACAACGCGGCCUCCUCUUCUCUUCUCUUCCCCGCCUGCAGCGGCUCAGGUCGACAGCCGACCACCAAAACCCCGAACUUUUUCUCAUCCCUUCCUUCCCUCGCUUCCUCCGUCAAGCCUCCGCCUCAAGGAACCGGCCGCCGAGCCGCGAUGAAGCCCGCCGGCCCCGGCGCCGGCGCCCUCGAGGUCCGCGUCGAGCGGCCGCAGCCUCCGCCGGUGCACCUGAACCCGGUCCGGCUCAGGGCGCGCCCCUACUACCGCCGCUGGACGUCCUGGCUCGUCCCGGCCGCCUCCGUCGCCUGCGUCGUCGUCUUCCUCGUCACCAUGUUCGUCAACGACUGCCCCGACCGCGGCCUCGGGAACUGCUUCGCAUCCUUCCUCGGCCGCUUCUCCUUCCAGCCGCUCAAGGAGAACCCGCUCCUCGGACCAUCCUCCACCGCGUUGCUGAAGAUGGGAGCUUUAGAUGUGUCUAAAGUUGUCCAUGGUCGCCAAGGAUGGCGUUUAAUCACGUGUAUGUGGCUCCAUGCAGGGGUUGUUCAUUUGCUCAUCAAUGUGCUUUGCCUUAUUUUUAUUGGUAUUCGACUGGAACAGGAAUUUGGGUUUGUGAGGAUCGGCAUUGUUUAUCUCAUUUCUGGUUUUGGUGGGAGCUUGAUGUCCGCUCUCUUCAUCCGAUCAAGUAUUUCCGUUGGUGCCUCUGGUGCUCUGUUUGGACUGAUUGGGUCUAUGCUUUCUGAACUCAUUACAAAUUGGACACUCUAUGCAAAUAAGGUGGCAGCAUUAUUAACCCUGGUAUUUGUAAUCGUGGUGAACUUGGCUCUUGGGAUACUCCCCAGAGUGGAUAACUUUGCUCAUAUUGGGGGCCUUAUAUCUGGGUUCUUUCUUGGAUUUGUGGUCUUCAUUCGACCACAGUUUGCAUGGCUUAACCAGAACAGAGUAGCACCUGGACAACAAACUGCUCCUGCUGAACGGAAGCAUAAGACAUAUCAAUAUGUAUUGUGGAUAGUUGCUGUUGUUAUGCUGAUUGUCGGGUUCACGGUGGCUAUAGUUCUGCUUUUCCGAGGAUAUAAUGCAAAUGAUCACUGCUCUUGGUGUCACUAUAUGAGCUGUGUUCCUACUCAAAAAUGGAAGUGCAACUCGUCACCAACAACUUGCAAUGCAAUACUGCAGGGGAAUACCUUGAACUUGACGUGCGAAGGCACAGGCAUACACCGGAGCUACAUUGUAGCUGAAGCUCCACAAGAUAAGAUCGACCAGUUCUGCCAGCAGCUUUGCAGUUAGCAGAAGAGGAAUCGGAUUCCCUUAGGUCUCCUAGCUUGCUACAUUUUCUUUAUUCUUUGUGUACAUGAAAAACAUGCAUCGUUUAAGGAGACAGAGAAUAGAAGAUUACUUAACAAGAGAUAUAGUUCAUUUUAUGCAGUGACUUAUUAGGUUA